AUGAACGAAGUAGACGAUAAGUUUUAUUAUGUGUAUAGUUCAUCAUUGGAUUAUAAAGUUGAAAUAAAGAUUGGUACUCUAGAAGGCAAACGAACUAAGCCAGAAUAUGACAAGCUACUUUCCGACCCGAUGCUCAAGUUCUCAGGGUUAUACCAAGAGGGCUGUUCUGACUUGUAUGUGACCUGCCAGGUGUUGUGUGAUGGGGUACCCCUGGCUUUACCUAUCACGACAUCUUAUAAAUCAUUUACUAAGAGAUGGAAUUGGAAUGAAUGGGUAACAUUGCCAGUAUACUAUAGUGAUUUGCCUCGUAAUGCAAUUCUUGCCAUGACAAUAUAUGACUGUGCCGGCCCAGGAAAGGUUUUGGUAGUCGGUGGGACCACUAUUUCAUUAUUUGGAAAACAUGGCAUGCUAAGACAGGGUAUAUUCGAUCUGCGAGUGUGGCCCGGCGUGGAGGGAGGCGAUAGGACGCCAGGCAAGGCUCCGGACAGAGGCAAGGAACAGAUGCAGAGACUCGCUAAACUAGCCAAAAGACACAGAAAUGGACAUAUACCGAAAGUAGACUGGCUGGAUAGGCUCACGUUCAGGGAAAUAGAAAUGAUUAAUGAAAAGGAGAAGAGAAACUCAAAUUACAUGUACCUCAUGAUAGAGUUCCCAACUGUACAGAUUGACGGGAUCAAUCACGCCGUAGUGUACUACGAACAAGAUGGAGAUGAGAUGUACCAGUUCAGAGCUCAGGCGGAGAUCGUUACAGUGCCCGACUAUGAAAUACUACAGGAGAACUUGGUGGAAAGUAAACAGCAUCGCCUGGCUCGUUCUUUGCGGUGCGCGGUGCCGGGCCGGGAUGCUAAGCCCUCGGCGGCGGAAAGAGACCAGUUAGCAGCCCUACUCACGGCGCCCGCAGCCCUGGCGCCUCUCGCCGCUGAUGAACAGGACCUGCUGUGGAAAUACAGGUUCUACCUGUCGUCUCACCGACGCGCCCUCACUAAGUUCCUCGCGUGCGUCAAUUGGAACAGACCAGGUGAAGUCCGUCAAGCGCUAGCUAUGAUGAAGCAGUGGUCGCCUGUUGAUGUAGAGGACGCUCUUGAACUAUUGACGCCCAAGUUCACACAUCCGGCAGUUAGAAAAUAUGCCAUAUCUAGAUUGAAGCAAGCCCCAGACGAAGAUCUACUCCUGUACUUACUACAGCUAGUACAGGCGCUCAAAUAUGAAGACUUCAAUGAGAUAAAUGAUGAGUACCAGCGUGUGUGUGGUAAGGAGUCUGCCGUAUAUUCAGAUCAAGACGGCAAGUUAUUACAGAGUGGUCACAGAGGAAGUCAGGCCAGUCUCUUGUCUACAUCCGUACUAACAAAUAGUGAGAUGACGUCAUCAUCUAUAAGUCGACACACAGAGGCUGAACCAGAAAACAUGUGCCUAUCAGGGAACGACAACGAUCAAGAUGUUCUCGAGUCGGAUCAGUCCAGCCUAGCGGGUUUCCUGAUCGCUCGGGCGCGCUCCAACAGCGUGGUGGCCAACUACCUGUACUGGUACCUGCUGGUGGAGUGUGAGCCGCAGGACUCGGCGCCCGCCGCGCACAAGGACAUGUACCUGAGUGUGAUGAGGACCUUCAGCACGCAGCUGGCUAAGGGUACAUCGGAGCAGCAACGCACUAGAUCUAUUUUAGCUCGUCAGCAGCAGUUCAUUGACCGAUUGGUCCGAUUGGUGAAGACGGUGGCGCGCGAAUCCGGGAACAGGAACCGGAAGGCGGAGAGGUUACAACAGCUGCUAGCUGAUCAGGACGCCUUUAAAUAUAACUUCACUAGCUUCGAACCCAUGCCCUUCCCGCUUGACCCUAAUGUUAAUAUUAAGGGUAUAGUGGCAAAAAAAGCGAGUUUAUUCAAAUCAGCCUUGAUGCCGUGCAAGCUGACUUUCCUCACGAGCGAGGGGUCGGAGUACCAGGCUAUCUUCAAACACGGAGACGAUCUACGGCAGGAUCAACUCAUACUACAGAUGAUCACACUCAUGGAUAAACUGCUUAGAAGGGAGAAUCUAGAUCUCAAACUGACUCCAUACAAGGUGCUGGCCACCAGUUGUAAGCAUGGCUUCCUCCAGUUCAUAGAGUCAGUUACAGUGGCCGAGGCGCUGGCUACUGAGGGCAGUAUACUGAACUUCUUGAGGAAACACAACCCCUGUGAGAACGGACCUUAUGGCAUUAAACCUGACACUAUGGACACUUACAUACGGAGCUGUGCUGGAUACUGUGUCAUUACAUACCUCUUGGGUGUUGGUGAUCGUCAUCUCGACAAUUUGCUCCUGACUCGUUCCGGGGCGUUAUUCCACAUCGACUUCGGCUACAUCCUAGGUCGAGACCCCAAGCCGCUUCCUCCACCAAUGAAGCUCAGCAAGGAAAUGGUAGAGGCUAUGGGCGGCGUGCAUUCAGACCACUACCACACGUUCAGGAAACUGUGCUAUACAGCCUUCCUGCAUCUACGGAGGCACGCCAACCUCAUGUUGAACCUGUUCUCGUUGAUGGUGGACGCCUCCGUGCCUGACAUCGCCUUGGAACCUGACAAGGCCGUCAAGAAAGUACUCGACAAACUUAGACUGGAUCUUGGUGAUGAAGAAGCGGUUCAUUACUUGCAGAAUCUCUUGGAUAUGUCAGUGACAGCCGUCAUGGCGGCUCUAGUCGAACAACUGCACAAAUUUGCACAGUAUUGGAGGAAAUAA